GGGUUGCAUGCUCUCACGUUGCCGCCGCCGCCACUAAACCCCCCUUCCGUGCGUUCGGAAGGCACGCACGCAGGCACGCCAGUUGACAUCCCGCUGCCGAAAUCGCAUGUCCUUGUCGUCGUUCAACGUGGUGAGGUGAAGUGAAGUUUGCGCGCGCGAUCAUGUGACACGCGCGAUCCCGCGCGACGGUCACGGGAUCUUCCGCGACGAGGAUCUCGCGGGGAGAGCCAACUCUUUUUCCCCUUACGGAGCCUGGAACGUCGCUGGAAAUUUAUACGCCGGUGGAAAUUUCGUAUUUUUUUUCCCCCGAUACCCUGAACUGUCGUGCGGAUACUCGAGUCUUGCGACGUCAAUGUGCGCAUCAACGUGCGAUGUCAGCGCGGGCGACCGACAGUGACAUUCGAACAAUCGCAUCGGGUGAUCAUUUAAACGUGUGGAAAUUGCUACCGAUCUACCGAGCGAUCAGUCCGAGGGAAUCGAGGGAGGUAUGCUGAUGUGUGAACAGUGAUUGGAAAUGGUAUGUGAGGAUCGAGAGAUCAUUCGAUUGGAAGGGGCUGCGCGACGAUCUUCGUUAAUGCGAAUCGUUCACGAAAAUGUUAUCUCCGAUCGAGUUCAAAUAUUCGCGAAUCUUGUACGAGACAAACGUGGCGAUCAGUAAGUAUUCAAAACAGUGAUAAGUCCAAUUUAUUGUAUGAAAUUCGACGUAAGAGAUAAUCAUCGCUUCGCUGAAUCAGUAUCAAGUCUCCGAGGCCAGCUCGAAGACCGUUCGAUCCUUUCAUCGAAUCGAUCCCUUCGUAAGAAUCGUCCCGUAGAGACGACGAUCGUAACGGUCGGUCGGGCCAAGCAGCCGUGAUAUGUUCCCCUCGUCAGCGGCGAUGCUGAAGAAUCUGCAGCAGAGUGCCAUGACCUCGCCUUUCCUGAUGGAGAACCUGCUCCAGAGCAAGGCGUCGCCGGGGACGGAUCUCACCAGCCUGACCUUGAACUGGGCGGCGAGUCUCGUAGCGCGGCAGCGCGAGAGGGAAUGCGAGGCAAGUCUCAGACUCGUUCGGGACCGGGCAUCCCCCAGCGAUCUCGUCCAGGAUCACCUGGACCAACGAUCCGCGAUCGGUGGACGCGAUCGCAUAAUGAUUGAUUGCGGCGGCAGGGAUCAGCAGCAUCAACAGCAGCAGCAGCAAAGAUCCAGCGGUAGAUCCGGCGAGGCACGGCAGCACGAUCGGAUGCAGCUCCUUCAACGUGAGAAGGAGAUCCUGGACCGUAGUCAAGGCGUAUACGUCGACAUGGAGAACGAGAGGAUGGACGGCCCGGUGAUGGUGGACCGGCUGUGCGCGAUGGAGAGGCUCUGCAACGAGAGGAUCGACAAUCGAUCCAAUUCCGGCGUCGAGUCCUGCAACUCGAACGUGGACGAGGACCCGAUCCCAGGCACGGAACUGGACGGUGGUCUUCAGCCGGUGGACAGGGACGAGAUGGUGCUGGGAGAGCGCGUCUCCGCGAUCGAGAUAGACAGACGGUACGACCUUGGAUGCAGAAACGUCAUGCACACGUCCGAUGAGAUGACGAUCGCAUCGGGGGAGAGGGAGGCGGCGGUGACGGCGGCGGCAACAGCGGUCGAGCGUGCCGUCGACAGAUUAGGCGAGAGAACCACCGCCUGUUCCUGCGGCGACGAGCAGUGCUCCGGACCGGCGUGCAGGACCAUCCAGGAGAAGGAGAAGCCGCAGCUCAAGUUCAGCGUUAGCGCCAUACUCGGCGGUAAUCAUGACAGGAGGCCGCAUCCCGAUAACUUUCAAGGACUCCCGCCGGAAGCGAUACCGGCCUUUUUGCAGAAUCUGCAAAACUCGGCCGGCUACAAUAUCGCCAAGCCGAUCGCGAGGCCGGCGGCUUAUCAUCCUUAUCACAGGCCGAGCCAUCAACCUCCUCAACGACACCUACCACCGAACGCUCAUCACACGCUGCAACAACUGUUCUACAGGGGUCCAUACUUGACAGUCGGUGGCUCCGGGACCGGAACCCAUCAUCCUGGCACGCCCGGUGGCGGUGCCGUGUUCCCGGGGACCAUCCAGGGCAGCAUCGGCGACUUUUCCGGGACUGGCCUGGUCUUUCCGUGGGCGACGAACGCGCGCGGAAAGCCACGCCGGGGGAUGAUGAGGAGAGCGGUUUUCUCGGAUCUUCAGCGACGUGGACUCGAGAAGAGGUUCCAGAUACAAAAGUACAUCAGCAAGCCGGAUCGCAAAAAACUCGCUGAGAAGCUGGGUCUCAAGGAUUCACAGGUAAAGAUUUGGUUUCAAAAUCGACGCAUGAAGUGGCGAAAUAGUAAGGAGCGGGAGCUGCUUGCGACCGGCGGCUCGCGCGAGCAAACGUUACCAAACAAGAACAAUCCGAAUCCGGAUCUGAGCGACGCCGACGGGGAUCGACCGAGGAUGGACCUGAGUGAUGUAAGCCCGCUCACGAGUCCGCAAAGGCCCGAGGAACAAACGGAGAACGAAGAGGAUGAGGAGAUCAAUGUCACGUGAUAAAGCUCACCGCUGGACCUAGCAUCCCUCGUUUACCUUCCGACGACAAGUGAUGACAAUUUUCUUAAUCUGUGUGACCAAGUAGGCUACCGGUCGGACCAAAAAGGAAAACAGAUUUAAACGAAACACAGAUUGACGGGCACUUGGAAGAAUUGCGGAAAUUAAUUCAGUUUUUACCUAAGUUUCCCAUUUAUACAUUAUUCUAAUACAUCAAUUUUAUUAUCAAUUUACUACAUAUAGAAAAUAUGCAUUUUUUUCUCGAAAUACUUCAAACUACUUUACAUGCAACGUGAUGUACUUUACAUGUAAAUCCAAAAAAUAUUAAUUUUAAUCAUGCAUUUACUGACUGAUUUUUACUGAUGACUAUACAUAUUCGCAAAUAAUUGCGGUUAUUACAGGGUGUUCUAUAUUUAUUAUACGAGCAGAAUAAUGUGUUAAACACAAGUUGCAUGUGAUGUUUCAUACCAUUCACAAUUUUCAACGACAAUCUUCAAUUGUUUAGCGGUCAUCGAUUUGUCCUCAAUAUUUUUUUCUCUCAGAAUUACACGAGUCGUGGCCUAUUAUUCGAUAACAGCAACACGUGUCGUCGCUGAUAGUAAAAAGAAAAUACGAAUGACGAAUGAAGGAUAAGAAUGAAGAAUGAUGUAUUAUAUUGUAAUUAGCGCGAUGGAUGUACCUUUCAAGGAGUCUUCUAUAAGCCAUUGUGUAAGGUUGUAUUAGACAUAACGUUACGAUUCUGGAAAUAUGUACCUAACUCCACUCAUAAUGCGGCCACACGUGGCCAGAUUCAAAUGUAAUUACAUUCAUUGUGAUUCAAUAUAAUCUAUGUAAUAUAUUGAAAUAAAACUGUCUAUGCUAAGCGA